AUGAUAAUUUCAAUUUUUAUACUGAUAAAAUUGAAUUAAAAUUAGUAUUUAUUUCUGUUUUAAUUAUUUUAUUUUUUUUAAUUGAAAUAAUCCUUCAUUUAUUGUUUCUAUUUUCUAUAUCAUAAAGAAUUAAUAUUUUUAAAUUCCUCUAUUCAUCUAUUAUAAUAAAUUUAUUUUAAAAUUCUAAACUAUCUUUUAUAAAUUUUGCAUAAAGUUUAAUUAAUUAAUUAAUAUUUAAACUCUUCAUAAGGGUCAAAAAGUUAAAUCAAAGCCCAUAAAACACAUUUAGGGUAUUAAAAAUCUCUAGAAAAUUUGCCUUUUUUAUCUGGAAACAUUCUUUAAUUAAAAAAAUUUUUAAUUUUAAAUCUGAUAAGGGAACUUCAAAUAUUAGGUUAAUUAGAAUUUAGUUAGCUAAGUAAGUUUAGCUUAAUUAUUAAAGGAUUAAUAAAAUCAAGAUAGCCUAAAUAUAGUUAGUAGCCUUUAGCUAGAAAAUUGCAAAAGAAAGUAAUCAAAAACUAAAGAAAUUAUUUGCAUUCUUUCCAUAAUUUCACCUAUCUACUGAUUCAGGAUAUGAUCAUAGUAGGGUAAAUUUUAGACUAGCUAGCUACCGUAAAAGUUAAGAUUAAAGAAAGAGCUAAUAUAGUGAAAAAAAAAAUGACCCUUUUUCAACAUAACCACAAAAGUUAAAAUAAAAAGUAAAAUUUGAUUUCUCCUUGA